GAACACAAAUUCACACCUCGAGCUCAGAUGAGGUUGCUUGCAGCAUACAGCUUGUCACAGCACAGCUUGAUAGACCAGAAGAGGAAGCAGACGUUGUUCAUUUCCCAACAGAGAUGGGUGGUGGUCGCCAUCGUUGCCUCAGCUGCUUCGUUACAUACAGUUCGGCAUUUCUUCUUUGGGUCUGCCUCCAUGAUGUGGAGGCCUCCAGCUGUUCAGGUGUCGUCCAUAAAAAAGUGGGCGACACCGUAGAGCUUCCGUCAUGCGCACCGACUGCAGGGGUCAUUGCAGCCACGUGGAAGUAUGGACUCAAAAGAAUCGCAGACAAAGAUAAGAGUGAUGCUGAAAACCAGUUCAAAGACAGAUUAUACCUAAACCCCACAAACUUCAGUUUAACAUUGAGAGCGCUGACUCUCAGUGAUUCUGGUAAUUUCAGUUUUGUGUCAGAGGCGAAUGGCCAACAAAGCGACACAGUCAUCAUCUCUCUGCAAGUUCAUGAGCCCAUAACUAGGCAGCCUGUCCUGACUUCCAAUUUCACCUGGCACACCUUGAACGAAUCCUGCACAGUUUUCCUGGAGUGCAUUGCAACCACUGACCGCGGUGUCACAUACAACUGGAACGUGAGGAACCAAACCAGGAGUGGCUCCAGGCUGCAGUACAUCAUCAGACCGCAGGACGGCGACACUAAAUUCACCUGCACCAUUCGCAACUUUAUCAGUGAGACGUCGGCAUUCAAAAUAGUGAAGUGCAGCAACGAUACACAGGAAAAAAGCCAAGUGAACAAUGUCAUUCUUCUGGGUGUGCUAAUUGCAAGUUGCUCGACAGUUGUCAUUGGAAUAGCGGUGGGUGUGUAUUACUGCAAACGAGCUCAAGCAGGGGGCGACUCAGAUGAUCUCACCGUGUACGCUGACAUCUCUGACAUUGCAGUUGACGGUGAGACUGCAUCUGCCAUGAAGCCAUGCUCAUUGUAUGAAACCGUUGAUCACAGGGUCAACUCACACACACCUGGGCCCGAGACGGUGUAUGACAAGAUCCAGUUCAGCCGCAUGAGGAAGACCUCAAUGUCGCCCUACCAAGAAAUUUCCUAGAGGGUCAUUGCGCCAGGUGUCGCUUUACUUUCACUUGGUGGGUCUGUGUUUCUAAACUUCCCUUGGCCAAACUACUGUACAAAGCUUUUUAAUUAAGCAUGUUGUAAAUUCUGUAAAUACAGAGAUUAUAUAUUUUAAAUGUUUUGUAUGUCUAAUGUAGCUGUACUAUGCAAAUCUUUUGUGGAUGUCAUUCCUGAAACCUACCUAAACAGUGUUUCAUCAUCUGCAAACGUGGUCAUGUUAGAUUACAUUUAACUGUGUAUUGCUUUAUUUUAUGUGGUAACCAUAUGUUCUAUAGUCAACAUUUCACCUGUGUGAUCUAUAGAAUAUUUUAGGCUCCAAUAAUGCUGUAUACUAAUGCUAAGAUGACAUACAGCAUUGGAUGCAUACACAUUUCAAACAUGGAUACUGUCUCUUUUCCAAAGAUCCAUCCAGCUACAAUGAUAUUAUUAUUUUAUUGUUGUUUUUUGCCCACCUGGUGGACAGAUAAUAAAUUAUACUCAAGACUCAUUUUAAAUGUUGCUCAUGCAAUUCAAUGCAGUUUCACACAUCACACUUCAUUGCAGGAAAACCUACAUCUGCAGCAUUAUUUUAGUACUGUUUGCUCAGCACAGGAAACAUAACUUCAGCGAUGGACUGAAAAUUAUGUAUAGAAUGAAACAGAAACUGGUGUGAAAUUGAGAGCUGAUAGCAUCUAAUGAUCUCAGACCAAAGCAGCUGUGGUCUGCUAGAAAGAUGAUGACAGGGGAAGAGAUCCGCUUUACACAGCAGCUAUAACACCUCUACUUUCCCCAGGCAGAACAAUGUGAAUGAUGUCACUCAGGCUUGUAUGUGGUAUGUGUUUUAAUAUUUCUUUCUCCUAUAUAUUUCAUAUUAUAGUGUUUUCUGACAGCUUGAUUUGAAAAUGUUAAACUUUACAAAUUUGACAUUAUACUAAAGAUGAAUAUAUACACACAUAUAAGUUUGUAUCAAAUUUGUUGUGAUUAUUUUGUGGAUGGUGUUUUGUCAUCGAUGAAAGGUUAACAUUAGCUGUUAUAUAUAUAUAUGGAAAAUUAUGUAUAGAAUGAAACAGAACAUAUAUAAGGAGUGUAAAUGCAUUUGUGUGGACCCCAGGAAGAGUAACUUCUCUUUCUGUUAUAGUAGUUAAAGGUACAUUACAGGUGAUAUAUAUAUAUUACACACUGCUAAAAUUAGCAGUGUGUAAUUAUCCUUUUUGAGGAAGCAUGUUUCUAUGCAUAGGUCUUUGAUCCCUGCCUAUUUCAUAGUGGGUUUGAAAAUGUUCCUGUGAACCGCACCUGUUCUCGGCACUUCCUGGAUAUUAAAAAAAGAAAAUUAGUACAACAGUUCAAGUCAACUAGCUACAUUACAGGUGAU